UGACGGAUAAUUUAUGAUGGUGACAAUGUGCUCCUCUGACUCACUGACUUGCGCCUGGGACACCGCAACCGUGCCACUGUAUAGAGUACUCGUGUUAGCAUUGUUAGAGGCGCGAUUUGCUUAUAAAAUUGCAAUAAUGACCGAAGUGAGGAAGGACGACAUUGUAAAAAUUUUCCACACUUAUCCGUUUUGUAGAAAAUGCGAUAUGUCCGACGAAAUGAAACAGGAGGCAAUGGAAUUAUGUGUGACUGCAGCAGAAAAAUACGCAGACAAUUAUGAGAGCGUAUCUCGAAUGAUUAAGGAGACAAUGGAUAAAAAAUUUGGUGCGUCAUGGCACACUGUUGUUGGAGAAGGCUACGGUUUUGAAAUAACUUAUCAAUUGAAGCACCUUCUAUAUAUGUAUUGUGCAGGCAAUUUGGCAAUAUGCAUUUGGAAAUCUGCAUAGUGCAGUUUCGACACUUAUUAUAAUUUAUUUUAUGUAUUUAUAUGUAUUUAUGUGUUUAUAUAAUGCAUAUAUAUAUGCUUGAAUGUACGUAUAAAAGUACUUUUAUAUGAAUGUGUGACGCAUAUGUAAGAUAAACUGUUACAAGA